GUGGAAAAACUCCAGCAACAGAAGCAGGAGAUAAUUUUGGAUGGGCUUUGAAAUUUGAAAGUUCUGUGUGGUGGUCUAAUUUGGGAUAAAUACUACAUUACAUUGGAUGCAAUUGUCUUCCUGAAUUAUGGUUGGCAGAACAUGCUACUCUUGUUGUAAAAAAGAAACCCAGUGGAUUGCUACAAAAGACUUGGUUGAAUUUAUUCUCUGAGAGGAAAUGUCUAUGGUUGCUGGAUCUGAGCCAUAGUGAAGCAACUCACUAAUAGCCAUAUCUCUUAAGCCAGUGUUCAGUAUUUUCAAGAAGCUUUGGGAGAGUACAUCUGAACUAAGAAGAUGUGUGGAGGUACUCCAAAGACUGCACACAGCACAGGAGAGCACACAGACCGAGCAAGAAACAGUAAUAAUGCCUCUUGCCCACUUGGAAAUAAUAUCUCAAACACAGGAUUAGCUAAAAAGGCUAAAAAAUCUUUUGUGGCAGAACAGAGCACCGACCAUAAAAGCAGUGUCAAUACAUUGUUGCAAAACAGCUGGUCCUGUUCGGAGUUUGACUUGAAUGAAAUCCGCCUGAUAGUUUACCAGGAUUGUGAGAGAAGAGGCAGACAGGUCUUGUUUGAUUCCAAAGCAGUGCGCAAAGUUGAUGAGGCAGCAGCUCAGAAAAUAGUAGAGGAUGCUCCAGGAAAGGCUUCAGCCAAGUGCUGCCAAGCAAGCAAUGGGACCAAUAGUAUUUCUUCCCAUAGUCCAUCAGUGGGCUGUACACAGCAUGUCAAGGAACAGCUUCCAAAGUAUCAGUACACUAGACCAGCCUCUGAUGUCAACAUGCUUGGAGAAAUGAUGUUUGGCUCAGUGGCAAUGAGUUACAAAGGUUCUACCUUGAAAAUCCACUACAUACGCUCUCCUCCGCAGCUUAUGAUAAGUAAAGUUUUCUCAGCCAGAGUGGGAAGCUUCAGUGGAAGCACAAAUAACUUGCAAGAUAGCUUUGAAUACAUCAACCAAGAUCCCAGUCUGGGAAAAUUAAGCUCUAAUCAAAAUGGUUUGGGGACCUGCCGUAGUGGAAGUAAUCUAGGUGUGUUACAGCUGUGUAGCAGCAAAGUGCUGCAGGGUGUGUCUGAAGGAGUUCCCCUCCGGCUCAUCCGGAGUGCUUCUUUCUUUGCAGCACAUAGCACCCCCGUUGAUAUGCCUAGCAGAGGGCAAAAUGAGGACAGAGACAGCGGCAUUGCUCGGUCAGCAUCUCUGAGUAGUCUCUUGAUUACACCAUUCCCAUCACCAAGCUCCUCAUCCUCCUCUUCCAGUAGCUACCAGCGCCGCUGGCUCCGAAGUCAAACAACAAGUUUAGAAAAUGGAAUUAUUCCAAGGUGGUCCACCGAAGAGACUUUUAGCAUGGCUGAUGAAAGCUGCAGUUCCAAUCCUGCAGUGAUUCGGAGGAAAAAAAUUGCCAUCAGUGUAAUUUUCUCCCUGCCUGAAAGAGAAGACGCACAGAGGAACUUCCAGGACUUCUUUUUCUCUCACUUCCCUCUAUUUGAAUCCCAUAUGAACAAGUUAAAGAGUGCAAUUGAAAAGGCCAUGAUCCUCUGUAGAAAAAUAGCAGAAUCCAGCCUAAGAGUACAGGUUUAUAUCAGCCGUGUCACAGAUGCCCUGGGAGAAUUCAGACUUACAAUCUGGAACCUGUAUUCCGUUCCAAGGAUCGCAGAACCUGUGUGGCUUACCAUGAUGUCCAGCACUUUGGAAAAGAACCAGUUAUGCCAGCGCUUUCUUAAGGAAUUUACACUUCUGAUAGAACAGAUCAACAAAAACCAGUUCUUAGCUGCUUUAUUGACUGCGGUGCUGACCUAUCACCUGGCGUGGGUCCCAACUGUAAUGCCAGUUGACCAUCCUCCCAUAAAGGCCUUCUCUGAGAAAGGCACACUACAAUCUGUAAACCUGCUGGCAAAAUCGCAUCCUUAUAACCCUCUCUGGGCACAGCUCGGUGAUCUGUAUGGUGCCAUAGGCUCUCCCGUUAGGCUGACACGGACUGUGAUUGUUGGAAAACAUAAAGAAUUAGUUCAACGUAUUCUCUACGUUCUAACAUACUUCCUACGGUGCUCUGAGCUACAGGAAAAUCAACUGACCUGGAAUGGGAAAGUUGGAGAGGAAGAGCAACUGCUAAAUGGAAAGAAGAUCACAACUACAUUGGAAAAGGGAGAGGUUGAAGAAUCUGAUUAUGUGGUUGUCACUGUUAAGAAUGAACCUGCUCUUGUGCCGCCAAUCCUACCUCAGAAGAAUGGUGGAAAUCAAACCAGUAGCAAGGUGGGGCAUGUCAGUAACCCAGAGAGCUCUCCUGCUCUGCCAAUAUCCUCAAAAGAAAAGAAUGAAGUAACAGGAAAGGGUGAUCAGAGCUCCUGGGCAUCCUGUAUUGCAUCAAAAGACUGCACAGUUCGCAGUUCUGAGUCUAAAGGAAUGGUAGAUGACAGUAGGAAAGGGAAGGUAGCUGAUAUAGGAACUGUGUCCUAUCAUUUUGAAGAACAAAUAGAAUCAGAGGAUUUAACGGAUGACUUAAAGAAUAGCAACCAGACCACGAGUGAAGUGGCAGAAAAGCCAUCUGACAGGUCAUCUGUUGUACCAUGUCCUGAGAGGUUUGUUGAUAGGAGUCCUCAUUUAGAAAGGGUCACCUUCCAGAUUGGAAGCUCUACAUCGCCAGAGUCUGAUUUAGAAACUCGCAAGAGGGACAUGGAUGAAAAUUUUAGGGCGUUCAAAAAAAAUCUACAGGUAGCAAGCUGUACUUCAAGUCCACCAAAUGUGCCUGCAGAAACUUCCCAGAGCCAACAAAAAACUUCCAAAGCCUCCCUUAACCCAUUACACAUUAGGCGUAAUAUCUGUUAUGCACAAAUUCCGUCAUGUGAAGCGAGCGCAAGUAUAUUUGAUGAAUAUUUUGCUGAGGGUAAUAAAAUUGAAAUGAAUGUAGCAAAUACUUCUACUCGGUGUGGCUUGUCAGAUGAAUCACUUAAGCCAUCUGAUAACAAAAUAGAAACUGUAAAAACUGAAAUCUUAAAGGAAGCUAGAACCCUGUUGUCCAAGAAUGGGGAGGGCCAUUCACUUGACUCUGUUAAAACAAGUUCUGACGUACAGGACUCUGGCCAAGUAGUCACUGAAGAUGUCCCCUAUGGGGAUGCUGGAAGAAAAAUCUCCUUCCGAAUCGAAGGGGAUAUUCCUAGGAAUGAGAGUUCAGAUAGUGCACUUGGAGACAGCGACGACGAUGGUGCUUCAUGUAUCUCUGAUCUACACCCUCGAGGCCAUGUCAGCAAUAGGCAUGAAGAAUUUACAGAAGUAGAACUUCCUUUACCAAGAUCCAACAUAAUCAGCAGUCCAAGUGUGAAAAACUUUGGAAGGUCACUUCUCGGUGGUUACUGUCCCACAUACAUGCCUGAUCUGGUACUGCAUGGAAUAAGUAAUGAUGAAAAACUCAAGCAGUGGUUACCAGCAGAUCUGCUUCAUGCAGUGCAUCAUCCAGUACUAGAUGAGCCCAUAGCAGAAGCUGUCUGUAUUAUUGCCGAUACGGAUAAAUGGAAUGUACAGGUGGCUACAAGCCAGAGAAGGAUGAUGGACAGUAUGAAGCUAGGCAAAGAUGUCUUAGUCUCCAGUCAAGUGUCCAAUUUGCUGCAGUCCAUUUUACAGCUUUACAAACUCCAUCUCCCAGCUGACUUUUGCAUAAUGCAUCUUGAGGAUAGGCUACAGGAGAUGUACCUCAAAAGCAAAAUGCUUUCGGAAUACCUGCGAGGACAUACAAGAGUUCAUGUAAAAGAGCUAGGAAUUGUAUUGGGGAUUGAAUCCAAUGACUUGCCUUUGUUGGCUGCUAUCGCAAGCACUCACUCCCCGUAUGUUGCUCAAAUACUCUUAUAAGUUAAAAUCUCAGGAUAGUCAUUCCCUAAACAAACUACAGGAAUCUUGAAUGAAGAACAGACGUGCCAAGUACCGGUAAAGGGGAGCAGGUGAUGGCAGUGCAUUCCAACACCUUUUGAUUCUACUUUCAGCUGGACACUUUAUCUAAAGACUUCAGUUUACAUAAUGUAAAAGGCAUUCAGGUUGUGUUUUUUUUUUUUUACACUCGCUUCUGAAGUUAACGAAUCAUGAAGGUGAAUGCAUCCUUGCGGUCUUUUUAAAUGACAAAAGUAAACAUUACAGCGAACACUGAACUGUUAGCAGAAAACACUGCUAAUAAAACCCAUGAGGUGGCAGUAAAAAGAACAGGUGGAAUAGGAUGGUUCUUCUAAUACUGCACUUGUGAUCGCAUGGUGUUUUGUGUGCUUCUUUGGUUGCAGAGCUGGCGCUGUAAACUAUGUAUGUAGCAUUCCUAUACAGAGGUGUUUGGAUGGACAUGAAGUUUUGCAGAACACAAACAUCCUUUUGUAUUGUAGUAGUGGCCAGCUCAAAACAAGAAACUUUGACUCAGCAGCUGAGUUAUGUGGCAUGUGUGAGGUUUGUUUCUUUCUUUUUUCUUUUUUUUUUUUUUUUAGGAUAAAAGGAAGCUGCAGCUGCUUCUAGUUUUACUGAUGAAAAAACAGAAUGAGCUCAGAUUAUAAGUAGUGCCACCCCAACAUUAGUAUGAAGAAGGCUUUUUGAGAGAGAGGAGGAUUUUUUUAGAAAGCCUUAUAGAAUUUCUACUACAAGUUUACAUUGUUGCAUUUACAACAUUAAUAGAUUUUUGAGUUUCUGUAGGACCAAUUCCCAGUUUUACAGGUCAUAAGUCUUAAUGGAAUCCAAUAUUGCCAUCUAAGAUAUUUCCGUUUGACAAGCUAACAUACAAUAUGUUACCAAAUGUGUUACACUCUGUGUGUGUGUGUGUGUGUGUGUGUGUGUGUGUGUGUGUGUGCGCGCACAUACACCAACCAAUUGACAUAAACUCAACAAAAGUUUAUUUAAAAAAAAAAAAUACUGGUCAAAUGCAUUGCUACUAUUUGGAGUUGACUUUUUAUUCACACUGAAAGUAGGGGCUGUUUUAAGUGAAACAAAGAGGACAAUGACAAGCCUGGACAUCAUGAUUUAUUAAUAUGAACAUCCACUAUGAUUCUACAGAACUUUUGCACUAUCAUCUCAGUGCCUUCUAAUCUAUUAAGGACUAACUGCUUUGAGGAAGAAACUUGCCCAUUAGGUCAAAUAGUUCAUAGCACCAGUCUCUAUAUUGUUCCAUAUAAUAGUAUACAGUUAUCUAAAAUUCUCUGCUCACAGGCACAAACUUUGACUAUUUACAUACAAUGUAUACACAGCAAGGUACAAUGUUACUUUUUUUCAUUGAACACUAUUGAGCAGCAUAUGAAACUAUUUAGACCAAGAAAGGGCAAAAGAAAAUAAAAACAUUAUUUUAAAAGAAAGAAAGUUAGAGGCAAGGAACCCACCCAAGCAGAGUGUUAGACUAUCAAACAUUCCGUGGAAACACAGACAUGAGUAGUAUUGGGUACUUUUGGCAUUUGAUACGAAGCUGUCUAAAUACUUGUUUAGAAACAUGAACUCUUCCGACUAGAAUCAUUCCUACCUGCUAGGAUUUAUUAAUUGGCUCACUGAACCAUCCUUGCUGGUGAUUCCAGAAUUCCCAGCAUUGUAGGGACCCAUUUAAGUACAGAGUUUCAGUUCAUACUGCCCUGAUAAUUGGGUUUUCUAAAGAAAAUCUUCAAUAAUUAAAGUGAGAAAAGGUGAGUAUUAUUGGGAUUUUCAUUUUGUUCUAAAUAUGACAGAGAAUUGCCCUUAAUCUUGUUAGUCUGUCUCUGUCUGUCUGUCUGAGAGGAACGUGUAGAUUUACCAUGAGAAAUUUUUGUGUAGAAGGUUUGUGUCCAAGUUGAAAGACUCUUAAUUUCCAGGUAUGAGUUCUAAACAGAUAAGAUUAUUUAAGAUCUGGUUCUCCAAUCUAACAUUCCAGGAGUCUCCUUUUGCAUAGUACUUUCAGAGUAUGUCUGCACAGCAAUGAAACACCCAGGGAUGGGCCGUGUCAUCUAACUCAGGCUGCAGGUCUAUAAAAUUGCAGUAUAGACUUUCAGGCUUGGGCUGGAGCAUGGACUGUGGGACACUUCCUCCUCCUGGGGUCCCAGAGCCUGUGUUUCACCCCACGCCCAAAUGUCUACACUGCAAUUUUAUAGCCGCGCAGCCCAAGCCCCAUGAGCAUGAAUCAGCUGACCUAGGCCAGUCAUGGGUGUUUAAUUGCACUGUAGACAAUUAAUCCUUUUUCCCAAUAUGCUCUUCAGAGUGGCUACAGUCUUCCUGAGGUUUGGGUUAUCUCUUAUUGCUGAUACAUGAAGAAAUCUGCUUGCCCUGAUUUGGUUCCCCUGAGCUGCUUUGACCUCCACUCCAUGGUUUGCUUGAAACCAAAUGACAUAGCAAGUGCACCUGUUGGCAAACUUCCCCUCUCCGCUUAGUAAGUGUGUAGGUGUGUGUAAUGACUUUCCUUGUAAGUAUGCAAGAAUUCUGUAUUUUAUGCAUUCUCAUUACUUCAUGCCCUGCAGUUUUUUCAUAGUAAUUUAGUUUGUCUAGUUCCUGUUUAUGUUCAACAAAAAAUGGCUUGUCUUGCUUUCGUCUGAACUGACUUGCAGAGAGAUGCCUGCAAGCAGACCUCUGUAUCCACAUGGAGCCCCAUUGAAGGCAAGUCAACCUGCACACAGCAUGUUGCAGGAUUAGAACCUUGAUCAGAAAUCCUUAAUUUACCACUUACCCCCAACAAAUGCUGCUGUUUGAUAAAAUUGUACGUUAAUUUAAGGAGAUGUAUGAAUUGAUGAUUCAAAUGCAAUCAACUUUUCCUCAGCCCAAUAUAAAAUCUUUACAGUAUAAUUAUUGCCUCUUAUAUAACGCUUUGCUGCUCUUCACAAAUUACACGAGACUGCCCUAUUUUUAGUCUCAAUUGAUCUCUAAAAUUAAGGUUUGUAUAAUUCUUAAUUUUAAAAAAAAUGGUGGCUUUAGUUUAAAGAAACUUAAAUAUUUCUCCCUCCCACCAAAUAUACUACCUCAAUUGACAGGAUACUACCUUUAGGGCUCUUCAACUUUGUAAAGCUUACCUGUUGAACAUUUUUGUAGCAUUUUGCUGGUUGGGCAUGACAGAGCAGUAAGUAUGUACAAAUGUUGUUGUGUUAGACAUCUUUAUAGCAUGUUUGUUUUAUUUUUUUAAUAGAAUGAAAAGUGAUAUGAAUGUACAGGAAAAAUGUUUAAAACUUACAGUGAAAUAAAAAUGUAGCUUAAAUCUUUAAGAUUCCAAAGCUUUUUUAUUUUUAUCAGUAUUAUAAAUCUUUUGUAAACUUCUUAAUCCAUAUUUUUCUUGGUUUUUCAAGUGAGGCUGAGUAAUCUUUCAAAACCCUACAGAACCGCAGUUUACACAUUCCAAUAUAAAGAAUGUACACUCUUCAGAUUAAAUUAAACUUUUACAGACCUGGGGGAGAAAUGCCAGUACAGGUGAACACUAAGCUAUAGGACUGCAUAUAAUUAAAGUCUUUUAAUCUAAAGCAGUUUCAAUAAGAGCUAAACAUUUUAAUCUAGUUUAUAGCAUCCUAAAUUAUUAAUGAAUCUAAACUAUAGUUCUUCUGCCUCAAAUGUAUGAAUAUAUACUUUUAAUUUUGUGUGUUUCAUAGCUAUAAUUUGGAGAACAAAAUAAUAAGUAAGUUGUUUUGCUUGUAUAUUUUCACUCUUGAAAGUGAAAAGCCUUUUUUCAAAACACCAAACUGUUGUAUGUAAAGGUGACACAACUUGGUCACUAUCUAAAGCAAGAUUCCCUCUCCCCAACCUCCGCUCUUGACUUAAAAGAACUCCAAUCAGAAUUGAGUCUAAACUGCCAAUUAUAUACUAUACAUUAGCUACUCCAGUUAAAUAGACUAAAAUGACAUACAUAACUGGUAUCCAUACUAGAAGCAAAUCUAAUUGUGUUGCUAUUGCAUGUUUCUUGAGAGGAUUUCCUUUUUUUAGGAUUGACUGAAUGGGUAUCAGUAUCAAACUGUGGAAAUUUUUUUCUUACUGCUGUUUAUGUACAGUAUAAUUUUGGUCUAUUUCUUUGCAACAUUUGGUGCAAUAAACUUUUUGAAUUCAG